AUGCGAUACAAAGUAGCGGAGAAACCUCACAAAUGCAGUCUUUGUUCCAAGUCAUUCCCAACACCAGGAGACUUGAAGUCCCACAUGUAUGUUCACAGCGGUUCAUGGCCAUACAAAUGUCACAUAUGUUCUCGAGGAUUUUCCAAGCACACCAAUCUCAAGAAUCAUUUGUUCUUGCAUACUGCUAAACAUCAAAGGAACAGCGCAAGAGAUGCCACUUGA